CACGCAGACGUUCGUGACUCACCCGGCAGUGAAACUGCACACAGAAGUGAAAAACAGCCAAACAGAGCGUCCAGUUAUCAGAUCCAUUAUAAGAGAUCAGACAUGGGCAAAGGCGGCGUUUCAUUUGACAGACUGCUGGAUAAAGCCACCAGUCAGCUGCUGCUGGAGACAGACUGGGAAUCUAUUUUGCAGAUAUGUGACCUCAUUCGUCAAGGCGAUACACAGGCGAAAUAUGCGAUUGUUGCUAUUAAGAAAAAACUCAAUGACAAAAACCCACAUGUGGCACUCUAUGCUCUUGAGGUUCUGGAGUCAGUGGUGAAGAACUGUGGUCAGACGAUUCAUGAUGAAGUGGCCAGUAAGCAGACAAUGGAGGAGCUGAAGGAGCUGUUUAAGAACCAGCCCGAGCCGAACGUGAAGAACAAAAUCCUUUAUCUGAUCCAGGCGUGGGCCCACGCUUUCCGCAACGAGCCCAAGUACAAAGUCAUCCAGGACACCUAUCAGAUCAUGAAGGUGGAAGGUCACGUCUUCCCAGAAUUCAAGGAAAGUGAUGCCAUGUUUGCAGCAGAGCGGGCCCCUGAUUGGGUGGAUGCAGAGGAGUGUCACAGAUGUAGGGUUCAGUUUGGAGUCAUGACCCGAAAGCAUCACUGCAGGGCAUGUGGGCAGAUCUUCUGUGGGAAGUGCUCUUCUAAAUACUCCACCAUUCCUAAGUUUGGCAUUGAGAAGGAGGUGCGAGUGUGUGAGCCUUGCUUUGAACAGCUCAACAACCACCCCUCCCUCUCUCCCCCUCCUAGGAAAGCCGAAGGGAAGACGGGCAGCACCGGGCAGGCGGACCUCCCCCCUGAGUACCUUACCAGCCCUCUGUCCCAGCAGUCUCAGGUAGUGCCCACCGAAUCACUCCACUCCCCUGUUUCUGUCCUGACCUCCCCUGACCUCUCGGCUCCUCAGGUGCCUCCUAAGAGAGAUGAAGCUGCGCUGCAGGAGGAGGAGGAGCUGCAGCUGGCCAUUGCUCUGUCUCAGAGUGAAGCUGAGGAGAAAGAGAGAAAGAAACAGAAGAACCCAUACUCUGCCUAUCCUAAAGUUGAUCCCACCCCUGUGACUUCAUCUGCUCCGCCUGUGAGCAACCUGUACGCCUCACCUGUGAAUUCAUCAGCUCCCUCUGCUGAAGAUGUGGAUCCAGAGUUGGCUCGCUACCUGAACAGAACUUACUGGGAGAAGAAACAGGAGGAGGUUCGGAAAAGUCCCACCCCCUCUGCUCCUGCGCCCGUGUCACUGGCUGAGCCCGUCCCAGUCAGCCAACCCAUGGAGAACCUCGCCCCAGUCCAACCCCUCAACAUAGUGGAGCAGCAGUAUCAGAACGGAGAAUCGGAGGAGAAUCAUGAACAGUUCCUAAAAGCUCUGCAGAAUUCCGUCACCACUUUCCUUAACCGCAUGAAGAGCAACCACAUGCGCGGCCGCAGCAUCACCAACGACAGUGCCGUGCUCUCUCUCUUCCAGUCCAUCAACAACAUGCACCCGCAGCUGCUGGAGAUUCUCAACGAGCUGGAUGAGAAGAGACUGUACUACGAGGGACUUCAGGACAAACUGGCGCAGGUGCGAGACGCCCGUGCAGCUCUGAACGCUCUGAGAGACGAGCACAGAGAGAAGCUGCGACGUGAUGCAGAGGAAGCCGAGAGACAGAGACAGAUUCAACUCGCCCAGAAACUGGGGAUCAUGAGGCAGAAGAAACAGGAGUACCUGGAGAUGCAGAGGCAGCUGGCCAUUCAGCGGCUGCAGGAGCAGGAGAAGGAGCGACAGAUUCGUCUGGAGCAGCAGAAACACACCGUUCAGAUGAGAGCACAGAUGCCCGCCUUCUCUCUGCCUUACGCUCAGAUGCAGUCUUUGCCUCCUAACGUGGCAGGAGGGGUGGUGUAUCCCCCUUCUGGUCCUCCCAGUUAUCCAGGCACGUUCAGCCCCGCUGGCUCAGUGGAAGGGUCGCCCAUGCAUGGAGUCUACAUGAACCAGCAGGGACAAGCAGCUACUGGUGGCCCAUACCAGGCCAUGCCUGUGUCAGCUACAGAUCCUAGCAUGGUGAACGCUUACAUGUACCAGACUGCAGGCACCGGCGGGCAGCCUGCAGCUCCCGGACAAGUCCCACCCGCCAACACGCCUUCUUAUAACAAUUAUCAACCCACACCCACGCAGGGCUACCAGAAUGUGGUCUCUCAAGCUCAGAGUUUGCCCCCCAUGUCCCAGGCUGCCCCCACUAAUGGCAUUGCAUAUAUGGGCUAUCAGCAGUACAACAUGCAGAAUAUGAUGAACGCUCUUCCAGGACAAGACCCCAACAUGCCUCCCCAACAGCCCUACAUGCCCGGGCAGCAGCAAAUGUACCAGCAGAUGGCUCCCCCUGGUGGUCCGCAGCAGCAGUCACAACAGCAGCCACACCAGGCUCCUCCAGGCAGUGCAGAGGCUCAGCUCAUUUGCUUUGACUGAUAGCUUAUUGUAUAGCUUCGCCCACCAAAUCCUGCACACUACAUUCAAGCCGCCAUUGCCCAUAGCCUCUACCUGCUCUCGCUGACACAAUGUGUAGAAAUUUGCCUGUCUAAUCCCCCCCAUUACUGCCUCUACACAUGAAGGAGAUACUACAGAUGGUGCUGGUGGGAAACCUUUGCCUCUUUAUGUGAAUCUUAAAAGAACUAAGUAAUUUCAACUCAAUAUCAUAGGAAAGUCAUAAAACUAUUUUCAUCUGAACAUAUUGCUUAUUUUAAGAUCAAAAGAUUUUUACAUUGAAAUAUGUUUUUGACUGUUUUGAAGCAUUUUCACCCCAAUACUUAAAUUGCCUAUAAGCUUGCCUUUAAGUUGAUUUAAUUUUAAAAGUAAAAUAAUGUAUUGUAAGGAGAAUUACAAGAACAGCACGUCUGUUACUGUAAUUAGAAUUUUGGGGGAAAAUUGUGCUUAAUUGUUAUCAAAAUAUUUCAAUGCAAAAAGUCUGAAUUCAUUUUUAAAAUGGAUCUGUGGUAUAUUAUUGUUUGAUUUUGGGUUGAAAUGUUGUCAAAAGAUUCAUUCGAACGCGAACUCUUAUUGUCAGAUUUUUUACCUUUUGAAACAAAGCUGGUGUGAAUUUAGUCACUCGUAUUACAGAGUACAAAUCAAAUGAUAUGAAUCAAAAAGACAUAACCAUGCUUUGUCUCAUAUUUUUCUAAGAAACGUUUGCAUGUUCAAACGUGUUUUCAGAGGAGAGUGAAUAUGUAACGGCAGAUGUUGUGCUUUGAUCUAAUGAAGUUGUUUUUCUGUUCA